GGUAGGCUACAGGCGGGCAAGAUCCGGGAAUAGCGCGAGAACUUUCUUUUCUCAUCUAGCCUACUUGAUUUUCGAUGUUCUUGCAAAACAAGGAUUGCACUUGAUUUUAAACAAUGGCUUCACUGUCUAUCAAUUCAAGUGUGGAAUAUGCGAAAACCCUUCUCCCGGACUCUUGGGUGAGGUCAGUGUCAACUGUCCGAACCACAAUCUCACACUGGAUCCUUCCCCCACCCCAGCCCCGUCCCUUCAGGCUCUGUACCCAGAGUCGAAGACAGAGGAAAGGGUUAAUAGCCGCCUCCCUGGAUGACCUUCUAGACCAGACAGCAAGUGCCUUCCUGUUGACAUGCCAGUUCCUCAUCCUGGUUCUAGAGGAGGAUGGGACAGUGGUGGACUCUGAGGCCUUCUUCCAGUCCCUGGCCGCCAACACUCCGGUCAUGGUCCUGCAGAAGGGAGAGAUGUGGACUCGGGUCCUCCCAAGUUCCAUCCAGCCCAGGAGAAAUGGAAUCUGUAAAUUGGUUUUUGACCUGUACAAGUUGAACCCCAAGGACUUCAUCGGGUGUCUAACCAUCAGUGACUCUUUAUGAAAUCUACACACUGUCAUACGACUUCCAAUGCACCAGGGCCAAGAUUAUCUUGAAAUCUCUUCUGCGUUGUCUGACAUAUGUGGCGAGGGUGGCGGGGCAGCUGCUUCUGUGUGGUUCCUCAUACAUACUGCAGUACAUUGGGGAUGACGACUACAAGGGCAUGACCAAAGUCCAAGGCCCUGUUUUGAGCGCUUUAAAAUGCACCAGGUGACAAGUGUCCAGGGCCUCUUGAAUGCCAUUUGUCUCACUAAGAAAUGGGGAAAAUUCCUUCAUGAGAUGCAUGUAGGCCUUGUUAUGGGCUGGUUUAGUUGAGCCAUUGCAAAUGUAUGUAAAACAAUGUUGAUGAAACACAUCAAAUAAAAGCACUGCCCUGCUGGAGGAGGAUGUAAAUACAAUAUAUGCACAUUUCUACUACGGGCAACAACCCAACUUGCAUUAAUCUCUAGUUGGGAUUUGGCCCACAUGGUGAUUUUUUAAUUUUUUUAAAGUUGAAAAAUAAAAAAUCUGGUUGGCCUCUGUAGCAAAAGAUCAAUGUUCUUAAACUAGCCCUUGAAAUCUGGAUGGCUUCAUUGUGUCAUUGUAUGUUUUUAAACCGUGGGGGUUCGGGUGAGAAGCAUGCCUGACAUGUUGCUUGGAUUGACUUGAUAUUGUCUGUUUUAGUGGUUCCAUUCCCCAUUAGAAGAAUGGCAAUCUACUAGGCUGAAUCUCAAGUCUUUCCUUGAUUCCUCUAUGCAUCUUCUAAAAUCGCAUUGGAGGAGAAGAUCACCUCAGAUAUUGUCCUCAAUGAGUUUUGAGGAAUUGAGGGAAGACUAUGGCCCAACGCUAGGUAGCCUAGCAUUGGGCCAGUAACCGAAAGGUCGAUGGUUCGAAUCCUUCAGCUGACUAUCUGUCAAUGUGCCCUUGAGCAAGGAUCUAAUUCCUCCUGUAAGUCGCUCUGGAUAAGAGUGUCUGCUGAAUGACUAAAAUGUAAAAUGGGGUUUACUCCAGGACUAAUUGAAAGCCCAACUGUCUGUGACUGCAAGUACAAAAAAAGUUCCAUUUGGAAGCACUCUGAAAUUAAAAUGUCACUGAAUAUUUGCCCUGUCUGUCAAAUCUAUAAAUAAAGGUUUUUGUAAAAAGUA